GCUUGUGGGAGUGAGUGGGGAGGUGUUCUGGGAGGUGCGGAUGAGCUUGUGCUUAUGUCUAUGUAAAUUAUUCUCCACCAAAGCAUUUCAGCGCCACAGCAGAGACUUCAGUGUCAUAGACACAGAAAGCCCUGGAUGGUAAAGUGGCAGUGAGUACGAAGAGAGAGAGAGAAGGAGGAGAGACAAUACGAGGAGAGAAGUCAGUGAGUGAGAUUGCCAGACCAGCGCACAGUGGAGCAGAGAGCAGCGUUGUGGAGGUCUUUGCUUUGGAAUCUGUCGGACAGCAAAAUUCAUGAUAAAGACACGUGUUACAUUAAGUAUCAUCAUUUCAACAAGUUCUGCUUUCGCACAAAAGGGGAAGUAGCUUGUGUUUACUCUCGUCGCUCACAGGGACUUACUUCUCACAAUCGCACUUUCAUAUUCAAAGUGAAACGGGGACAGUUGAGAUAUGGGGACGGUGAGCGAACUCUGUGCGUCCAGCUUCCAGGCGUUCUUGUGUCCCACUGUUUGCCCGGCUCCUCCAGCAGUACCGGACGACCUGACGCCAGAGGAGAAGCAGGAACUGGAGAACAUUAGGAGACGAAAACAGGAGCUGCUGGAGGACAUACAGCGGCUCAAGGAUGAGAUAGCAAAGGUGACGAAUGAGAUCGAAAGUCUAGGCUCCACUCAAGAAAGAAUAAACAUGCAGCGGAGUAAACAGGUGGCUAUGGGACGCAAGAAAUUUAACAUGGAUCCCAAAAAGGGUAUUCAGUUCCUCAUAGAGAAUGAAUUGCUGAAGAACACUUGUGAAGAUAUUGCUCAAUUUCUCUACAAGGGUGAGGGCCUCAACAAGACAGCCAUCGGAGAUUAUCUGGGUGAAAGGGAUGAGUUCAAUAUUCAGGUUCUUCAUGCCUUUGUGGAGCUUCAUGAAUUUACAGACCUCAACCUGGUUCAGGCACUCAGACAGUUUUUAUGGAGUUUCCGGUUACCGGGUGAAGCUCAGAAGAUCGAUCGAAUGAUGGAGGCUUUUGCCCAGCGUUACUGUCAAUGCAAUCCCGGUGUCUUUCAGUCCACAGAUACAUGUUAUGUGCUUUCAUUCGCAAUCAUCAUGUUGAACACAAGUCUGCACAACCCUAAUGUGAAGGACAAGCCAUCUGCAGAGCGGUUCAUUUGCAUGAACAGAGGCAUCAAUGAUGGAGGAGAUCUGCCAGAAGACCUGCUCCGAAACCUUUAUGAGAGCAUUAAGAAUGAGCCCUUCAAGAUACCUGAAGACGACGGCAAUGACCUGACGCACACGUUCUUUAACCCCGACCGCGAGGGCUGGCUGCUCAAACUGGGUGGACGGGUCAAGACGUGGAAGAGGAGAUGGUUCAUAUUGACGGACAACUGUCUGUAUUAUUUUGAAUACACCACUGAUAAAGAGCCGAGAGGGAUCAUUCCUCUGGAAAAUCUCAGUAUUAGGGAAGUGGAUGACUCCAAGAAGCCAAACUGCUUUGAACUCUUCAUCCCAGACAACAAGGAUCAGGUCAUCAAAGCCUGUAAGACUGAAGCAGAUGGACGGGUUGUGGAAGGAAACCACACGUUCUACCGCAUCUCAGCACCAACAACAGAGGAGAAAGAGGAGUGGAUCAAAAGCAUCAAGGCUGCCAUAAGCAGAGAUCCUUUCUAUGAGAUGCUUGCUGCCAGGAAGAAGAAAGCCUCAUCUCUGAAGAGACAGUAGGGCUGUUUGUACAUGGACCUGGAAAAGAGGCGAAUGAUAAACGGAAGCCAUAACGCUGGAUUGGAGCGAUUUUAAUCUCAGGAAUGGCCUGGAGUUUUGAAGGUUAUCGUGCAGUUGGCUUUCUGAGAAGUUGUCUUGACAUUUAUGUUUGUUUAAUUGAACAGACAUUGAGUACUCGCGUACAUCAUCAUCAUCUCAUAUCAGCAGGUCUGACUGAAUGUGGAUCUCAUUGAGCUUUUGUAAGCUUGCUGCAGACAUGACCGUUCCUCUCUGUACUUUGAUACAUAUUAAAUGCUAAUUGUGCACCUAUUUUUACACUGCUAUGUACUGUAAAUAUCUGGGAGAGUUUUGGCCUUGUUUUGUUUGAGACUGAGACUUUCUGAUCUGCUGUCAUAUUUAUGGUUUUGUUGUUGUUGGCUAGACAUUUUUCACAUUUUGCCAAAGUUUGUCUUUCCGUAUUAUACUGUCCUAAAAACUGAAAUCGAGUGCUUGGGUGCAUUCUGAUUCAUGAAAUGAAUAUGGUUUAUUUUGAUGCUGUUUAUUUAGCUUAAACAGUGUUUUAUUUAAAAUAUCAGGAUAUUAUUCACUGAUCUCAUAGGUGGCCUUGAAAGACUGUGAAAUCCAAAAACAUUUCAGUAAGUUUGGGUCAUAUUUAUGGAAAAAUGUCAAAUUAAACUACCGAUUUAAGAGUUUAUUUUUACUAUGUUUUGUAUUUUACCACCUUAAAUGUACUGUUAAAUCGACGCCCCCCAAAACAAAUUUUUUUCUUCUUUAUAUGCACUGAUAGUUGAGAGAAAACUCUUAAAUACUAAUUUAUCAAUGCUGUACAUAUUUAAACAUAUAGGUUGUUUUAUUUUUUAUUGUCAAAAUAUACUUUGUGCAGAAGUAAUGGGGUGGGGAAAAAA